AUGCCGGUUCCUCACCGCGACUUGGGGCCGAUUUUGCAAAAGCACGGCUUUGGAGAGAUCAAAAAGAUCGGCGAAGGCUCCUUUGGCAAGGCCCUGCUGGUACAAGCAGAGGAUGGCACCAAGUUGGUCUGUAAAGCGGUGGAUGUCAGCGCUGCCUCAUCGAAAGAGACUCAGGAUGCACUCAAAGAGAGCAGACUUCUAGCUGCCCUCAAGCAUCCCUACAUCGUGCGCUAUCGACACAACUUGCAUGAACAUGGCUGGCUGUGCAUCUUCAUGGACUACUGUGAGGGUGGAGAUCUCUCGAAAGUUAUCGAGUCUGCCAAGAGGAGAGGCCAGCGUCUGCCCGAAGAGCAAGUUUUGCGCUGGAUCACUCAAGCCCUUCUAGCUCUCAAAUAUAUUCAUGAAAGACAUGUUUUACACCGUGACUUGAAAUCUGGGAACUUCUUCAUUUGCAGAAGUGGCAAUCUGAAGAUGGGCGACUUUGGAAUUGCUAAGGUCUUGUCGAAUACCCUUGCGUGUGCAAGGACCCAGAUUGGCACACCGUAUUAUUUGAGUCCAGAAGUUUGUCAAGAAAAGCCCUACGCUUGGCCUUCAGACAUUUGGGCCAUGGGCUGCAUCUUAUAUGAGCUUUGUGCGCUCAAGGUGCCUUUUGAUGCGCCGAACAUUUCAACCUUGGUACAGAGGAUUUGCCGCGGGCCGACGCCCAGCUUGCCAACAGCAUAUUCGGACUUCCUCCGCCAACUUUGUACUGAAAUGUUGCACAGGACAGCAUGCUAG